AUGGAUCCAAACACAUCAGUUGGGGAGACAAUGAAAGGAAAAGGUGGAGGCAUUCCUGGAACUUUCAGUGAAAAAGAUCUGGUCCCAAACGUGGUGAUCAUCAUCUCUGCACUGGCUGGACUCACAGGAAAUUCAGUUGUGCUCUGGCUCCUGGGUUUCCGCAUGCACAAGAAUACCUUCUCCAUCUACAUCCUCAACCUGGCUGCAGCCGACAUCCUCUUCCUCUGCUGCCAUAUUAUAGAUUCCCUGCUGGUAAUCAUCAAAUUUUUCCAUCCCGAGGUUGUCUUCCUGCCCUGCUAUAAGACCGUGAUGAUGUUUCCCUACAUCACAGGCCUGAGCACGCUGAGUGCCAUCAGCACUGAGCGCUGCCUGUCUGUCCUGUAUCCCCUCUGGUAUCGCUUCCGCCGCCCUGAACACAUGUCGGUUGCUGUGUGUGCCCUGCUCUGGGCCAUGUCCCUGAUGGUAUGCAUUCUGAACAAGAUUUAUUGUGGUGUGAUGGAUAUCCACAUUAACAGUGCCGAGUGUCUGGCAGCUAACUUUUUUACUGCCGCAUGCCUGGCUGUUUUAGUUUUGAUUCUCUCAGGGUCCAGCCUGGUCCUGCUGGUCAGAUUCUUGUGUGGCUCCCAGCAGAUGCAGCUGACCAGACUCUAUGUGACCGUCCUGUUCACGGUGCUGGCGUUCCUCCUCUGUGGCCUGCCCUUGGGCAUCUACUGGUUCGUGUUCAUCUGGACUCAUGAUAAUUUUAGUGAGAAUUUACAUUAUGGUCUGUACUUGGCCUCGGUUGUCCUGUCCUCUGUGAACAGCUGCGCCAACCCCAUCAUUUACUUCUUUGUUGGCGCCUUCAGGAGGCAGCUGAAGAAGCAGACCUUGAAGCUGCUUCUAGAGAGGGCUCUGCAGGACACCCCUGUGGAAGAUGAAAGUGGAGGCCGUGUUCCUCAGGGAAGUUUGGAGAAGUCUGAAAGCAGAGAAGGUGAAGAGCCCCUGCCUGGUCAGUCAUAA